AUGCACGCGCUUUGCUACUGCAUCGCCUCCCGCAACAUAACCGAGUCUGAACAGCUGCAGCAAAUGUGUCAAAUUUCGUACAAGUUCGUGCUACCAGUGCUGUUGGGUUUGACGGCCCUCACUAACACCCUCAAUGUUUUGGUGCUGUUGCGACCUCGACCCACCACUCCCCCACAACUGAAUCGAACCCCUGCUCGCACCUACCUCCUCUGGCUGGGCCUCUCCCACUGCGCCAUCUGCGGCCUGGUGCUGGUGGCUCUAUCCCUCAAAAAGCGGUGGGGCCUCCCCUAUGCCUGGGCCUUCUAUCUAGCGCACAUCGAGGGGCCCCUCUACGGACUCUUCAAUUGCAGCUGUGCUUACAUCGUCAUGGGACUCUCGAUGGAGCGUUAUCGCGCCGUGGGUCAGCCACACCAGUACUCGUCCGCGGAAGGCUCAGGACCAAGAUUAAUAAAAAUACUCCUAGCCUACGUCCUCCCAGCCGUCUUCUAUCUACCCAAGUGUUUCUCACAAGCGGCGGAGUACAAUGAGCAGCAGCAAGGAUGGCGCGUCGCUCAAGGCGUCAUCUUCGACACUGUGGCCUGGAGGACUGUCAUCCCGGCACUGCAUGUAGGCAGGCAGGCACGGUAG